AGAAAAAAAAAUGAAAUUACAAUCGGCUCGUAUCCCCUUGAGGCCUCAAGGCGGCAGUUUGUUUACAUUUUCAAACCAGAAGAGAAGGACGGGUGACCUGCGCAGGCUUGACCCCUUCUGACCUACACUUUCCUCGCCACAUCCGCGUCUCACACUGCAUCCCAGCACCAGGAAUCAUGGGUGGCCUCACCAGCAAGUACCUGGAGGAGAUGAUGCACACGCCCCCUCGUAGCACCCACGUCCUUAAGAGCGACCCCCGUUCCCCCUCAGACAACAUCACCAGGACACCUAUCUCUGUAACAGACACCCCAGACAGGACAAGCAACGGCACCCCAGCGACCAAGGUGCUUCCCUUUGACCCACGCUCACCCACUACCGAGAUGGAUCGCACACCCAUUGUAGUGGAGACAAAGGAAACACGCAGGCGCCCGUUCUCCCUCAAGCCAUCUCGACUCAUUGACCCCAACACAGUGGCCACCAGUGAGGACCUAGACCCACGCUCCCCCACCUCCAGAGUUCCCAGGACACCUCUUAGUGACCAGACCCACUCAUUCACGAACAAGGAAGCAGGUGAGGAGAGAGUAAGUGCCAAGGAGGUGCAGGAUGUGGAGAAAGAAGAGCAGAAGACUGAAGAGGAGGAGAAAGAUGAUCAGGACUCCUCUGUCUCCUCUUCGUCUAGCAAUGAGGAGAACAAGGAGGUGCUGAAUGAAACUCCACAGAAGGAGUUCUUGAACCUGGCAGGGAGCAACAAGAGGAGCACGAACACCAGCCGCAACCCACAGAGCAUCCUGCAGGCCAGACAAUGCCAGGCCAUAGAGGCAGAGUACACUAAGAACCAGCAGGUCAUCUUCACACAGCUGGCAGAGGAGACCAAGACACCCAAGCUGCCCUCCAACACGCAGUUUGUAGAGAAUAUAUAGGAUGUCCACCCAAAACAGCUGAUAAAGAACAAGCUGAGCUGGUCUCCGAUGCUAAAACUUGCCCAAAACAGGUUAUCUUCAUACAGCUGAUAGAAAACAAGAUAUUUGAGCUGCCCUCCAACAUGUAGUUUGUAGAGAAUAUAUAAGAUUUUCACCCAAGACAGCUGGUAGAGAACAUGAUAUCUAAGCUACCCUCCAAUGCUCAAUUUUUAAGAUAGAGGGGUUAUCUUCACACAGCUAACAGAAAACAAGAUAUUUGAGCUGUUCUCCAAGAUACAGUUUGUAGAGAAAAUAAGAUUUUCACCCAAAAACAGCUGGAAACUCUUCACACAGCUGACAAAAGAGCAAGACAUCAAACUGCCCUCCAACACUAAGAAACUUGCCAAGACAGGUUAUUUUCUCACAGCUGAUAGAAAACAAGAUAUUCAAGCAGCCCACCAACAUGCAGUUUGUGGAGAAUAUAUAAGAUUUCUGCCCAAGACAGCAUCAUCUUUACGUAGCUGAUAGGGAACAAGACAUCCAAGGAGGAUAUAUAAGAUUUUUGCCCAAGACAUUAAGUUAUCUUCACCCUCCAACCCUCUGUUUAUGAGGAAUAUAUUUAAGGUUUCCGCCCAAGACAACCAGCAGUGCAAACCAUAUAUCAAAUGCUUUGCUCUAUAUAUUAAUGGUAAUAUGGGAAGAUUUGGUUAAUGGUUAGGUUAGCUUAGGUUUAAUCUCGACAGGUUUUGCUUGUGUAUUCUGAUUCCUUGUGCUACCCAUGUAUAUAUUUACUCCCCCAGUAUACAAACAUGCCUGUGCCUUAUAACAUUAAGUGUCUUGUGGUGUCUAAGCUUCUGGUGCGGUUACACUUCAUUCUAGUGAACUCUAGUGAUGUCUCUUAAUUCAACUCAACCCUUUACUGCUAUAAUUAUUUUGUUGACAUUGAAAGCACUUAAAAAUUGUUUACCUGGACACAGAAAAAAGGAGAGUAGGUUAAUUUAGCUUUUUCCAAGUCAUAUAACUAGUUAAGAGAUUAAUACAAACAAAAAUCAUAUAAGUUGUAAACCAUUAUAAGAAAUCCUUGAUAGUUAUUUGCCUUUCCCAUGUUAAAAAACUAUCUAAAAAAGAGCAAGAGAUUAGCUUUCUCUCUUCCAGAUUACAUAACUAUGUAAGAGACUGUAGUACAAACAGACAAGUAUCAAAUAAGUUGUAGAACAUUAUGAGAAACAGUUUAUAGCAGUGAAAGGGUUGGUAAGCUAAAGAGGAAUCCCAAUCAUGCAGUGCUUGUAUCAGCUGGGCAGGGGCUGGCUUUUUUGUAUCUGAAUACCCAAACAGGCUGCUUCAGGUCCCAGUAACAUCCUAGCAAUACUCUGGGUACAAUGGCUGGCUCAUUUUAAGGGUCUGACAAACAUUAAGCUACUUUAUAUACUAUUAACUUCCUAGCAAUACUCUGGGUACAAUAACAAACUGAUUCAAGAGUACUUUCCUUUAUGAAGACCCAAGGCAAACACUAAGCUGCUUUGGGUACUGGUUACUUCCUAGCAAUACUUUGGGUACAAUAGCUGGCUGAUUCCAAGGGUUAUUUGCUAUGUUGUUUUCUCAGCUGUAUACUCUGGGGUUGGGUUCAUCUCUGAAAAUAUAAUCGUGCCAUUCUCCUCUGCUCUGUUUGGGGAGUCUUAUGUGUUGAUUACCAAGUGCCACAAGAGGAGAGGUGAUGGGGUGUGUUCAUAUUGAGUUAUUCUUCUUAUGUCUGUCCUUCUUUCUUGCUAGUUGCAUAUACUGGUGAAUAAUAAAUACUAUACUGAAA